GUUUCCUCAAACUCGCGACAUUCUGCAGCUCAUUUGAGUUCGGAGCGCCAUCUCCCGCGCCAUCUCCCUGCCACAUGACAGGGUGUUCUGAGUUCAGAUGGAGCCCUGUAGCUGUUUGUUCGCGACACGUUAUGCGUGUUGGACCGAAAAUCCUUAGCUGAGAGAUCUUCGUCGCAAUGGAAUCAUUUAAAGAAUUUAUCGCCAACCAAGUGGCGCCAGAUGGCACGGAGUCUGAUGGAAACAAGACUGGGCAGUCACCAACCGAGGAUGCGAAUUCAGAUAUUGUGGAAAACGACUUGGAGCUACGUCAAGUUGACGGCGCUGACGAUUCCAUCCAAGGGAUCACGGUCAAUUCUGAAGACUCUGAAUCUCCAGAAGAGGCUGUUCCGCAGAUGUACCCUCUGCUGUCGAAUAAUCCUCCGGACUCUCCGCCCCUGGCGCCGGGAAAACGAGACGAAGAAGACGACGAGGAGGGCCUCGACAUCUCGAAGUCGUUUAACCGUACUACCAGUCCCACCCCCUCCCUGAAACGCAACAAGGGAGCGAGAGUGGGCAAGGUUGGUGAGGAAGGUGUCACCAGAAUGCACAAAUUCACACUGCACGAAACGGCCAACUAUUACUACAUUGUGGGUUCGGAUCUUCUGGACUCUGCUUUUCGAAUCUUGAAGAUCGACCGCACGUCAGGAACGGGAGAACUCAACAUCACCGAGGAUGACAUCAUCUAUACCAAGAAAGAGACGCAGCAGAUCCUCAGUGCAAUCGACGAGGGUAACCGGGCGACCGGUGGUCUCAAGAUGAAGACGAGCUUCUGGGGCCUCCUCGGCUUCAUCCGGUUCACUGCUCAGUAUUACAUGAUAUACGUGACCAAAAGAAGCCAAGUUGCCAUGAUUGGUGGUCAUUAUAUUUAUCAGAUCGACAAGACCGACAUGAUGCCUCUGGUCACGGCAGCCUCAACCAGGGUCAAGACGGAUAGACAUCUCGAAGAGGCUCGAUUCAUUGGCAUCUUGGGAAACCUCGAUUUGACAAGGUCUUUUUAUUUCAGCUACUCCUACGACGUUACCAGAACUUUACAGCAUAACAUCACGCGCGAACGUCAAGCGCUCUUUGAUGGACUCGCAGAGCCAUUGAAGCACGAUCAAAACGACAUGUUUAUCUGGAAUCACCACUUGCUCGAACCUGCCAAGCAAGUACUGAAAAACCCGUUCGACUGGUGUUUGUCGAUUGUGCAUGGUUACGUCGAUCAAAGCGCCCUGUCUAUAUACUGGGGAAGAGUUGUGUAUGUGACCAUCAUCGCGCGUCGGUCACGGUUUUUCGCCGGUGCUCGAUUCCUCAAACGAGGAGCAAAUGACUUGGGAUACGUGGCGAAUGAUGUUGAGACGGAACAGAUCGUCUCAGAAAUGCUUACCACGUCAUUCCACGCUCCCGGUCCCACCUUGUUUGCGAACGACAAGUACACAUCUUACGUUCAGCACCGUGGCAGUAUACCUCUUCAUUGGACUCAGGAUAGCACUGGCGUUUCACCAAAGCCAGAUAUCCAUCUCAACGUCGUGGACCCGUUCUUCAGCGCGGCAGCCUUGCACUUUGACAACCUGUUCAAGCGAUACGGCACUCCUAUAUAUGUCCUGAAUCUCAUUAAAUCCCGCGAACGAACACCCCGAGAAUCGAAGCUCCUGAAAGAGUACACCCUGGCCGUCAACUAUCUAAACCAGUUUUUGCCCAAGGACAAACAAAUCCUGUACCACGCGUGGGACAUGAGUCGUGCCUCCAAGAGUCGCGAUGGGGACGUCAUUGCCAGCCUCGAAGCGAUCGCGGAAGGUAUCCUCCCCAAGACGGGCUUCUUUCAGAACGGCAACGACGAGAAGACCGGCUUGAAGCUUCAGAGCGGCGUGGCUCGGACAAACUGUAUCGACUGUCUCGACCGCACCAACGCCGCUCAGUUUGUGAUCGCCAAAAAAGCGCUCGGGUACCAGCUUCAGGCACUCGGCGUGAUUGUAGACACUUCCGUCGAGUACGAUUCCGACGCCAUCAACCUGUUCACCCACAUGUGGCACGACCACGGCGACACGAUAGCCGUGCAGUACGGAGGCUCGCACCUGGUCAAUACAAUGGCGACUUACCGCAAGAUCAAUCAAUGGACGAGCCACUCGAGGGAUAUGGUCGAGAGUUUCAAACGGUACUACAAUAAUUCGUUCAUGGACGCUCAGCGACAGGAAGCGUACAAUCUCUUCCUUGGGAACUACGUCUUUGCCCACGACAAGCCCAUGCUGUGGGACCUGACAACGGAUUACUAUCUUCACCACUCCGACCCACGGUCCAUGUUCGGCAAACGCAGGCCGAGCUAUCGCCAGUGGUAUACAUCUGAAAAUCUCGUCUCGCCCUCCAUACCACCGUCACUGUGGCCGCGGGACCUCCGUGACCGGCCCCUCGGGUACUUUGAUGACUACUGGGUCGAAUACUAUCGCCCACUUGCCAUCACCUCGUUCAAGAAGCUCUUCUCGUUCAAAAUGCACUCGAACCUGCGGUACAUCCCGAUCAACUCGACAUCGUCCGGAAAAUACGACUUUUCACCGUUCAAAGUACGCACGGCCAACGAAAGUGACGGCGAAGGCCACGAAAAGCACGCCGCACGUAAAGGGGUCAAGAUCGUCGCGCCUUCAGACGACGAGUUGUCGACGACGGCCGGAACCGAAUCGGUCGUUUCGUCGGUGCCUCCUCACUCGGCACUCGAACCGACACCGGCGCCGAAACCCAACGCACUCGGUCCGUGGCUCGACGCUCAACAACAACUGCAUAAUACGCUCCAGCGUCGCCAAUACACCGGCAUCAUCAAGGAACCGUCGUUCGAGGUCCAGUCCCCUUCUGUACCCAAGAUCCCCAAGCUCCCGACCGCCACGACGAGUGACCUCGCGAACAGUUCGCUCCUGCAGCCCACCAAGGCCGAACUCGCACUGCAGUCGUUCACGUCGCUGAUCACGCGGUCCCUCGACCCGCAGGUCCGCCAAGAAGGCGAGUACCAGCGGUACGUGCGACACCCUUCCAACAUCCCGCUCGUAGUGUCGUCCGACAUUGACUAUUCCUCGGCGCCUCUGGAGUUUCUCGAGUACCUCUCCAAGACCACGUCCGACCCGGCCGACCACAAGGUUCUUCGCCACUACGACGACGACCGCGGCGCCGUGAGCCUGACCAUGGACGAACGCGCAGAGGCCAGUUUGGACGACUACACCGAGUAUCUUGCCAGCGGGACCGUGGAGGACCCGUUGACCGUGCUCCACGAGGACGGCGAGAAGAAGAGAUACAAGGCGUAUAAGAAGUGGCUGAAAGGGAAGAGCCUGUUCAAGCAGAGGCCUGUCGUUGGUGAUGAUGCCGCUGAAGGUGUGAAAGCAUGACUGGUGUUACCCGUGUCAUGUUACGCUGUUGGCGACGGUGCUGGUGAUGGGUUCGGUUCUUGGAUGUUUAUGAUGAAUAAAGAUACCCCCUUUUAUAGACUGUAUUGCCUUUUCUUUUCCAAAAAGCCUUGGUGAUCGAAACGAGCGGAUGCUUGUAUACACCGGGUCAUGAUCGACUACGAAUUUCAUAU